UAAUAUAAUAGUUAUUUGCAAGAAAAAUGAAAUAAAUAAAAAAAAAUUCGCAUAUUGGAUUAUCUAAUUUAUUUGUUACUGCGGUGAGGUUAGAACUCAACGUAAUACAGCCGGGCGGCUAUUAAAGCAAUAAAUUGUCGACUGGCAUACGCUAUCGUUACUUCCAGCUACGACAGCUACCGCGGCUAUCGGUAGCCGGCUAUAAUCAUUAGCUGUCUAUGUCGACGACAGAUAAACUAGCUGCGGCUAUUAUUUGUAUAUCCGCUAUAUAGCUGGUUAUGGGUAUAGUUACACAUCGCUAUCCAUCCCUUGUCACUGUCACUUGUCAGCGCCAUAUUAGUUUUGAUUUGGAAGACUGUGAGUGGUGUGAAGUGUGCUUUAAAUACGUAUAUUAUUCAAACUUUUACUCUUUUAUGCUAGUGUAUAGUUAAUUUUUAGGAAUUUUAUAUAGUUUAUAGAAUAAGUAUUAUAUUUUCAAUAAUGGAUGUGCUGCUAACAUUGCUUUACGUGUUAUUUUCAAUAUGUGUGUUAUAUCCACCCACGGAGUUCGUAUCAGCUGGCUUCGUCAUCGCUCAGCUAUUUGAAAACUAUUUGGGUUCGGAAAAAAAGAACUUUAUUGAAUAUCAUACGAAGAGGAUAACGAUGACCGCUCUAAUACAUUCCACGUUACCAUUUGGGUAUGUAAUUUGUUUGUGGUGCGGGGGCGAGCGAGGGCCGUGGAUGUUGUCGGCGGCUGUGGGAACAGCGAUUUUACCAAUAAUGAUGUGCUAUAAGAUACUGUGUUGGUGGGAAUACAACAGUACCAAACAUCCCGCUGUGAGGUCGCUGCUAUAUUAUGCCUCACCUGGACAAGAUUGGCGAGUGGUGGCUAACAGCCUUAAUAUUGAAUUUAGAAGUGUUGAUAAAGUGUCCGUACCAUUAACAGCUACAAGUAAAUUUGUAGCCACUGAAACCUGGCUCAUAAAAGUGUCACAAUACAAGUUGAAUAUUGUGAAGCAGGACGACUGCACACUCAUGGUUACUGCUACGGACAAUCAUAAUGUCACAUCAUCGGGAGAAGACAAAAUUCAAUAUGUGAAUAUAGAAGCAAUUCCAUCUGUUGACGAAGUGGAGCGCUUCGUGUUUCGUGUGUCGACAGCUGCUAUGAGGGACCUGCUGCAGAGGCUGGCCCGCCCCAUAAGGGUGCCCGAACACCUAUCUCUCUUAACCACUCAGAUCGAGAGAUUUGUCGCAGUGUUCAAGCAACAUAUUGAACAGAAUCCUAUUUAUUAUGUGGACCAGGAAAUAGAACAGUGCAUCUGUUGUAUGCAGAGUCAAGCGGACGUGAAGAUCACGCGCCGAUGUUUGGCACCUCCACCACAUUUAGGGGGCGGCCUACAGCAGUGCAAAAAUUGUAACUGCAGGGUGCUGUGGUGCGCGGCGUGCAUAGGGCGGUGGUGGGCGACGCGCGCGGCGGGCCCGCAGGAGCGGUGGCUGGCGGGCCGCUGCACGUGCCCCGUGUGCCGCGCGCCCUUCUGCCUGCUGGACGUGUGCCCCGCGCGCCCCGCGCGCCCCGCGCCCCGCUCCCAGGCUCCAGUCUAGUUGUCCAACUGCAUACUUGCACUUAAAAUGAACAACUCUAGUGCUGACCGAACUUUGAACAAAGUUUUUUACAAGGUCGGCACUCAAUGAAAUUAAUGUUGUUUUCUUUUUUCUUCUUUUAAUUAUUAUUGAAUUAAAGCAAUGAAUUCUAAUUUUUUUUUUUUAUUCUUUGACUACUCGCCAU